AUUUGCGACAGCUGUGCGUGCUUUCUGGCAAAAGUAGGUUACAAAAAGGUGCGGGUGUUUAUGGAGCCAGUCAGAUCGGAGGAACAACAGUCCCUUGAAGAGGAUGUGAAGGACGAUAUUAUCAGUAAAGCAUGAGAGAGAAGCAAGGUGAAGGAUGGUGAAAGUCCUCUCCGGGUUGUAUAAUGGAAGGACUGGGAAAGGAGAGAGACAUAUGCAGCACUAGACCCUUCCCAUGGCUUGGUCACCCCAAAACAGAGGCCUCAACCCUGCUAUGGAAACUUAAAGACUGCUUCCCCACCAAUGAGACAGCCUCGGCUCAUCACACAGAUAAAAACAAUUACAUGGACAACAGAAAGGCUGUGUUGGAACUGAAAGAUGUCCCUCCUCCUCCUCAUCCUCCACUCCAUACUUCCUCUUCCCAAUCAUCCCAGCCCUUCUCUCUGGCCACUCUCCCUAUGCCUCCUCCCUGCUUGCCUCCUCAGCUUACACACGACUCCCACCAACAACAGCCACCAUCACAGCAGCAACAACAAGAGGGGACUAGCCCCAAAGUAAGCGUUUACACACACUGUGACUAUUGCAGCACAGAUGGCUAUGGGUUAUUGGGUAGUGGAGGUGUUGUUGGUAGCAGCAGUAGUAGUAGCAUCACUGGGGUUGUCUCACUCUAUAUGGCCCCAGGCUCUCUGGAAGCACCCAUCAGCAGCAGUAUUAGUAGGUCUGGCCCUUGCUCUGUAGCCUGCUCUGUAGCCUCAUCGUUACAUCAGUAUAAAAAUCACAUGAGCUGUGGAGGUGAAGUUCUUGGUCCUUUGCCCACUCUAGGUAACAAACCCCAGCUGUCCUCUUCUGUUGCUACCUCUCAGCCUGUUUCAUCACACCCCUACCUCUCCUGCUGCUCAGGGCUUCUUCCCACCUACCCAGCUGUACCUCUUCCAUACAGUCAAUCCAGCCUGUUUCCCUCCUCAGCACCUCAGGCUUCCUCUCUCCCCUGCGUUUCCUCUUUACCCGCUCCCUUGCAUGGCUCUUGCCUGGCCCCUUCUGGCUUCUACACCUGUGGUGUGGACUGCUGCCCAUCAGCCAGAAGAUCCCAGAGAAGCACACUUGGUGAUUACCCAUCCACCACCACUAUCACCACUACAACCACCUCAGCACAAUUCUGCUCUAAUCCUUUGCACCUAAAUGUAGAACGCACGGUUUGUGUGAAGGGAGCACACUACUGCCAGGAUUGCCUGUUGAAGCCCAUGAAUGGUCUGGCAUUGGAGUCAGAUAAGGUGUGGCCCAAUGUACCAAAUGCCCAGACUGCUCCUAUCCCUAUACCCAUUUGCAAUGGCUGUGGCACCUCCUCUGAUGGCAUGAUGCUCAUGUCAUCAGCCAGCCUUGGUAAGACUGGCCAGAAAUACGGUUCGCCAGAGAAUGGUAGUUCUGAGAACAUCCCUCCAGUGGGUGUCUUCUGGGACAUUGAGAACUGCAGCGUGCCCAGCGGUCGCUCUGCUGGAGCUGUGGUCCAGCGUAUUCGCAGCCAUUUCUUUCAGGGCCACCGUGAGGCAGAGUUCAUUUGCGUCUGUGAUAUCAGCAAGGAGAGUAAAGCUGUCAUCCAAGAGCUCAACAACUGCCAGGUUACUGUUGCGCAUAUCAAUGCCACAGCCAAGAAUGCUGCAGAUGACAAGCUUCGCCAGAGCCUACGACGUUUUGCUGAGACCCACACCGCACCUGCGACUGUUGUAUUAGUAUCCUCGGAUGUGAACUUUGCAAGUGAGCUGAGUGACCUGCGCCAUCGCCAUGGCUUCCAGGUCAUCCUGGUCCAUGGCAGCCAUACAUCUUCAGCGUUACUGCAGCACGCCCACCGCCAUGUGGCCUUCCAGGAGAUCACAGCUGAUCUGCCACCACGAAUGCUUGUCAAAGCACAGCCCAGUUUCAACCUCCUCUAUGUGCACAACCUCCCUGUCAACUGUGACAAGAGCCUGCGGAACGCUGUGAAGCUCAGGCUGCGCCGCCUGUCAGACAACUGUGGUGGCAAGGUGCUGGGCAUGGCCCAGGGCACAGCAGUCCUCCGUUUUGGCAGCACUGAGGCAGCUGCGCGUGCCCGCAAGCGAAUGGAAAAUGAGGAUGUGUUUGGCCACCAAAUCAGCCUCUCCUUCUCCCCACGGCCCAGAGACAGUGCAAGUCCUGAGCUUGAGCGUCAGUCUCAGUCCCAUCACUUGCCUCAGACUCUGCCCCACGCAUAUCAAAGCCAGGAUUCAAUGUUCGGCUCUCCCCCAUCUAUAUCCUCCUCCUUUCUGCACCUGGAGAAGCCCAGGUCACCUAGGAGGCAACGGCGAGCAACCCGCCCGUGCCACGCCCCUGGCCCACUGCCCGAAAGGCCCUACACCCCCAGGAGAGGGUGCAGUGGGCCUCCCGGUGGUGCUCCAGCCAAGCCCCAUCAGGAGCUAGGUAGUGUGGAGAGCAAGACCAGAAUGGGCUUCCUCCACCUGGAGAAAGGACGUGCUGCUUCCUCUUCCCCACACAGUAACGGUGAAACAGGAUCCCUGGAGCAGCUGUCCAAGCCUGGCUUUACUGGUGAAUCCAUGUACAGACGGAGACGAGAGGGCUCCUACCCUCGCAGUGUGACUGAAUCCCCUGUAGAACAAGGGGAAAAGGGCUCAGGGGAGUUCCAGAUUAGCAUUCCCUCAGCCUUCAGCAAGUUGAACCUGCACAGGAGCUUCAGUCCCCACAUCCUGUCCCAGGGCUCCUGGUCAUCCAGGAGUGUGUCGCCCUGCCUGUCCAGCCGUUCCUCUCCCCUGCUGGCUGCCCCUCGUAGCAUGUGUCCAGAAGGUCCUCCUGAGCCUUUCUCUGAUGGGGCAGAGGUCCAAGUGGCCAACCUGGACUACAGAAUGUCCCGCAAAGAUCUGCAGCAGUCACUGCAUGACACCUUCUCCCGUUAUGGGCGGGUGAAAGCUGUGGAGCUUAGCCCCCACACCGACUAUCAGUUGAAGGCCACAAUCCAGAUGUUGUCCCUGCAGCAGGCAAUAAGUGCUGUCAGUGGCCUGCACCGUUAUAAGAUCGGAGGCAAGCGCAUUCAGGUGUCUCUGAUCACUGGUGGUAGCAGCAAAUCCCUUGCCAUGCUCAGCACCGAGAUCAUCAGCAUUCUCCAGGAUGCGCCUGCAAAUUGCCUUCCCCUCUUCAAGUUUACAGAGAUCUAUGAGAAGAAAUUUUCACGUAAGCUUGUGGUUGGGGAUCUGUACAGGCUACCAGAAGUGGUGGCAGUGCGGGAACAGGGAGGCUCAAGACUUGUGUGCCUACUGCACAGCAGCCAAAUACGUCAGAGUCCACUGGGAUCUUCCCAGUCCCAGGAGGGCUCUUCCUCUGCUAGCGGCAGCCCCAUAGUGUUUGAGGAGCUGGAGUACCAUGAACCUGUCUGCAGAGAGCACUACACACAGCAGGACUUCAGUGAGGCUGACUUUGACCCUGACUCCUAUACAAUACCUUUUGUUGUGAUGUCUCUAAGCACCUUGUCAUCGGAGGUCCACAGUCUGUUGCAAUCACACGAGGGGACUCUUCCAUUACUCAGUUUUCCAGACUGCUAUGCAUCAAAAUUCCGCCCCUUGCAGCCGGGCAACGAGACACUGGAGGGUGGCAUUCCUCUGGAGCAUCUCAUUACAUGUGUUCCCAGUAUCACAAUAGUCACAGCUCAGAAUGGCUUCAAAGUCAUCAAGUGGAUCCACAACAAACAACCAGCACCAAACUCUGAAACGUGGAUUCAGCGCUGCAAGAGUCCUGUUGGAAACCCACAGCUCAUACAAUUCAGCCGUGAGAUCAUUGACCUGCUGAAGAGUCAGCCUUCUUGUAUCAUGCCAAUGAACAAGUUCAUACCAUCAUACCACCAUCACUUUGCCAAGCAGUGCCGUGUCUCUGACUAUGGCUACUCCAAGCUGCUGGAGCUUCUGGAGGCCGUUCCACAUGUCCUGCAGAUCUUGGGUAUGGGUACCAAGCGUUUACUGACCCUGACUCAUCGUGCUCAAGUGAAGCGCUUCACCCAAGACCUGCUCAAACUGCUUAAAUUUCAAGCCAGCAAACAGGUGGCAAUCAAGGACUUCAUGCAGGCAUACCAUUGGUGCUUCUCCAGAGACUGGAGGGUAAUCGAUUAUGGCAUAUGUGAAUUGAUGGACCUGUUGACAGAGAUCCCCGACACCACCAUCACUAUUACACAUCAGGACACGGACACCGUCAUCUCCGUUCCCAAGAGAGAGCGUACUGUGGAGGAAAUGGAGCGCACUAGGCAGUUUGGGAAGGAGGUGGUGGACCUUCUUCGUCACCAGCCUCACUGCCGAAUGGCCUUCAGUAAGUUCAUACCCACCUACCACCAUCACUUCGGUCGUCAGUGCAAACUCAGCUACUACGGCUUCACCAAGCUAAUGGAGCUCUUCGAGGCGAUCCCCAACAUACUGAUGGUGUUGGAGUGUGGUGAGGAGAAAGUGCUGACUCUGACAGAAGUGGAGCGCAUCAAGGCGCUGGCCGCUCAGCUGGUAAAGCUGCUUCGGGCUCAGAAAAACUCCAGUCUUCCUGUCUGCCAGCUGCUCACGGAGUACAGCAAGACCUUUGGUUAUGGUCUACGCCUGCAGGGCUAUGAUGCCAGCUCCCUGCCGGCUCUGCUGACCAAACUCUGCCAUGUUGUCAAGGUGGUGGAUGGCUCGGGGGGUCGGGAAGUGCAGUUGAUCAAUAGGAAGUCUUUGCGCUCACUGACCUCCCAGCUACUGGCUCUGCUCAUGUCCCAAGAGGAGGAGCACGUCACCAGGGGCUUCAAAGUGGAUGAGCUGAGCCAGCAUUACCUGACCGUCCAUGGAGCCCUUCUCAACCCAUGUGAAUAUGGGUUCCUCUCCCUCAGCGAGUUACUCAAGAGCCUGCCAUACCUUGUGGAGUUGUACACUGAAGAAAGUGAUGACAGCAACAAAGCUGGCAGCACUGCCAGUGGUGUUGAUGAGGAGUGGGUGAGGCUGACCAGGCUUUACCAGUUUGCCCGUAACGUUCGCGGCCUGCUCCACACCUACCAUUACAACCAGAUCUUUCUGACGGAGUUCCAGGGAGCUUAUAACAAAUUUACAGGCUGCAGCCUUGAACCACGUUCCUAUGGAUACACCAGCACUGAUGAGCUGCUCAGCGCCAUUCCACAGGUGGUCUGGAUCAAAGGGCAUGGUCACAAGAGGAUUAUCGUUUUGAAGAACGAUAUGAAAGGUGAAGCAAGGGCAAGCCCUUCAAUCUCAAACAGCCCCCAGCUAGAAGAGAACACUGAGAGCCCUAGAGACAGCCCGAUUAGCAACGCAACAUCUGGAACCCAGAGUCCAGGUGGCGAUGUAGUGGUGGAAUCGGAGCUGCUGUGUUUGACAUCAGCAGUAGACCUACUGUGUGGUCCUGUACCAUCCUGCCUGCCAUCACCUCAGCUCCACCCUGUUCCCCUCCAGGAGACGGACCUGAUUCACUUUGAGGAGAAAAUUCCAACCGUGAGUGACGAACCAGAUGUUGCAGCGGGCGCUGACGGCACACCUGAUCCUCCGGGACAGCCUGGCAGCACAGACUACUCUGCAGUCCCCAAAUCUCCACCCCCCUCUGACACAAAGACCCCGUUGUCCAUGGACAGUCCCAGCAGAAGAUCCACACGCAGCAGAAUUAAGCUAGCUGCCAACUUCUCAUUCACAGCAGGUCUCUGAUCCGUUUCACACAUUCACACGCACUCACAGCAUUACUAGUUCACACAUACGUAACUCUAAAUACAAGAGUUGAGCGGCUACACUGGACACACUACACAGAAGUGACCCCAGAGAAGUAUUGGCGUUGUCCCCUCUAGAUCCUUAACAGGCUGUUGCUUUUCUUCUUACCCGCCAUCUUUGUUUGCUUAUUUCUCAAUCGGUGUGUUUUUCCGAUGACGUUUACCAAGCUGUGAUUUUCUUCUUGCAGAUUUUCUGCAAUUCUUUGAAUUGAAUUGCCAAAUUCAUCUACUGUAACGUGUGUUUGAGUUCAUCUCCAUAGAAGUUAAAUUGUUUCUGUGCCUCUUCAGUUCAGAGCCACGUUGUCAAAGAAAACUUGUUGGCUAACAAUGAAUGCAGAGUCUAAAGAUGAGUUGGGUGUCACUGUAUACAUGUAUUGGGCAAUGGGAGAUAUGCCAGGGAUGAGUAACUAAGUUUUCUGUGUUUUAAUCCAAGAAAUGUAGUUACUCAUAUUCUUAGAUUAUACAACUGCCAACUAACAGAAGUUUUAUGGAGGGGUUUUGUUUAUGUGCAAUAAUGAGAUACCUAAACGUAUACAUCCUUGCUGUAUUGCUGAAAACCGAGCAUUUAAUUUAUUACAUUCAAUAAUUUUUACGCUCCUUUUCAAAUUUGGGGCUAAUUUGCUUUGUAGGUAACCAUAGACAUGUCAACCAAACUGGCCGCCAAGCACCCGCCUGUUUCAUUCUUUAGUCUCUUCCUCCGGUUUUCAGUCUUCUCACGGCUAAAGUACUAAGGAUUUCUAAAGUGGUAGCUUCUCUUUUAGGUAUAUUCUUGUCGUUUGUCUUUGUUUAGUAGCCUCAAGACAGUAUUUUCAGUUCCUUUUAUAUUAUGCAGAGUAUUUAGGAGUCCGUUAAAGAGUUUGGUCUAAAUGUGUGGUGUGUCUGAGGGCAAUUUAAUGGUGGGACUUAACAUUAGUGUUAACUUUUCAUAUCAUGGCUUUCUUAACAGAAGCGAACGGUCAUUUGAACAGUUAAAGCAUCGAUGGCAAACUUAUGAUUGAUACUGCGGCAAGCACUGCUCUCGGAAUUGUUUUAUUCUUGUUGUACUUUGACUUAAUUUAAUGCAAAUAUUUUGGCUCGGCACUCCAGGGCCACUAAAGAAGGCCUGAACGGGUUGGCUCUUUAAUGCUCUUGCCAGAUGUGUGCUCAGGCAGCAGGAACUAAGAUACUCCGUACUUUAAUUGUUCGGCUUUCACCAGCAGCCAGUGUGUUCUUUUAGCUGUGUUUUGUCUGUGUGGUUUACACUAGAGUAGGUGGUGUGAAAUAUGCAUGGUGUGCAUAAAUGAGUUUAUGCAUGGUGUAAGCCCAGGAGGAGCAGACAGGAACAGACAUUCUUUAAGAGGUCUUUUAUUUCCACCAUGUUUUAGGGGUCAUAGAGUUGGCGUCCCCCUUGCAGUUGCCACAUUAAAUACUCAGGGUUUUUAGAGUUAACCUUGUUGCUCGUAAGCACCGUGUCUGUAGUGAUGUCCACUGCCUGGGUUUGAAGAGUUCGAGGGGAGCAGUAAGCACUCCUGAGUUUUUGAUUUUUAAUGACAAGGUGAUUGGUUGUGAGUUUUUAGGGGGAGAUGUGGCGGUAGGCUGUUUAUGGAGCACCAUGGGGGCUCUGGGCAGCCUCCUGCACAGACUGUGACGUACACACAGAGGACCCUCUGCGGCUCUCUGGAAUCUGCCGGGCUUUUACAAUGGCUUGUAUUUGCCACGGUGCCGAAGGAGUCGCCAUCGUAUCUCCCCAUCCCUCACAUCUUGCAUAGAGGAGUUUUUACUUACUGAUGUGUGUUGGUUUCUCCUGUUUUUCCUGUCAAGUGUUUACUGGCUGCUGAAUUGCCAUCAAGUAAUGUCGGCUGCCGGGAAGUUUAGCAUGACCGAGUCUAAGGGUGGUCGUUUGUGUUCAGGGCAAAAUGUUCAAAGAAUGGGUAAAAGCCCAUUUAAUCAGUUUCCAGUUUGACUGUUUAGCCUCUUUAGCCAGUGUUAAUACUUUUUUUCUGUGUCCCAGACUUGGUAUGAAAAGCCUUUUUAAAGCUGAGUUUCCACCUGCCAAUGCUCCAAAAAUGUCUGAAUGCCAAUAAAAAUGUUUUUAAUUAGGGCGGUUGGGGUCCAGGUCUCUCCUGCAAUGUUUUACUGACUGUCUGGAAACCUCUUUGAUUAUGGAAUGAGCACCUCAAAAUAGUUAAUUAUUUAGAAUUGGUAAUGUUAAAAAUGGGCUUGAAAAUGCUCAGAUUAAAUAUCUAGAUUUAACUUUGGCAGUAAGGAUGGAUAACUUUUUUGUGACUUUGAGCAAAACCUAGCUCUCCCUCAGAGUACUGCAGUGGCAACUAACUCAUGAAUAUAUUUUACUCUAUAUUUCUCUCUCUGUUUCGGUUACAUCACUGGGAAGCUAUUGUACCUGUCAAAAUAUGCACUUUUUGCAUAGUUUUGGUUCAUGAAAUAAUGUGAAAUUCGGUAGUGAAGUAGGAGGGGGUGAAACUCAGUUUUGUGUCUUUACCUCUUUCUGUUAACUGUUUGUGACCUCAUCUUGCUAAUUCAGUUCCAUGUUCCACAUCGGUUCCACAGUUGAAGAAAAGGUUUAAUUAACUCAAUGGUGUCCUUUUUAAUUAGACUGAUUUAUGUUUUUGUUUACAACUGUUACUUAUGUGUUCACCACCCCACCCCCCCCCCAUCUGUCACACCGUUUUACUGCAUCACCUGUAACAGUUUAACGUUGUUGAAGGGACCAAAAAAGAUUUCUGUUAUUAAAUUUCACAAGCAUCAA